UGAGCAUUCUUGGCAACGUCUCGCUCGGUGAACAGACAGUCGUCCGUCGGUCAACCAGUGUUUCCACAAUGUCUGGAGAAUUAUUUUAACGGAAUAGGAGACGAGCGGAAAACAGCGGGGCAGCGUUAGGUAAGAGUAAAAUACUGAGCCCUCCCUUCCUGUACGGUGACGUCAGACAUCACAACACCUGCUUCACCUGCACAGCUGAAGGCAGAACAAGACUGAAAAUAAUCCGAGAAGAAGAAGAGGACCGGUCUUGACCCAAACUGGUUUUUCAUGGACCAGUGAAGUCUUUCCCACCCUGUCAGUUAAAAGCAAUGUUUUUGGGGGCUGGAGGCCAUAGCACUGUCAGCAGAGUGUGUGUGGGGCCCCUCCUCUCCCUCUUCCCUAGCACCCCUCCUGACAUGGGAUGCCAGCCCCCUGCCCCCCAGCCCUGAGCUCUCCUGGGGAGCCAUGAACAGCUACAGAGACAGAGGGGUCACUUGCACCUCCUCGGACCUUCUGGAUGGAGGAGGAGGAGGAGGGUUACCCCAGCACACUCCAUUUCGUCACACCCCAAAUGGCCACCCAGCCCCUGGCCCGACAGACCCGGCCAUCCAAACACGCAUGUCCGUGCCAAAGAUGGGUGUUCGAGCACGGAUUGCAGAGUGGCCUCCACGUCGUGCACAGUCCCGGGAGUCUCUGCUUGAAAAUGGGCAAAUUGGCAGCAAUCACAAUGGAGAUGACGGCUCCAUGUCAGUUUCAUCAUCAGUUUUGUCAUCUGAUGUCAGGUUGGUGCGGGGAGGAGUUGCCAGGUUGCCACGACGACGGUUGAAGGACGUAGAGUUCAGAGUAGGAGGGUUUGGAGGUGAAAGAGGCUCACCUUUGAGCCUAAGAGUUUUCCCACCAUUAAGGCAGCGCUCCAACAGUGAAGUGACGCUGAGUGAACAGGAUGAGAAUGAGGUGGAGGUUCGUGGAGGUGGCGGGAUGGGGAACCUGUUCAGAGAGUAUGGCAGCACCUCCUCCAUCGACAUCCAGGGCAUUCCUGAGCAGAGCUUCUUCGACAUGCUCAACCAGUUCCACCAGGAGAGGCCUGACCAGCGCAGCUCAGCACCCAUACGCCUUGGGGAGUUGCUGCGUGCUCCAGACUCGCCACCGAGCGCACCUCUCCCCUCUGCUCCCUCACCUGGUCCCACAGGUGGGGACGACAGAGGGACCGGAAGGAAGGACGGAGCUGAGAGAGUGAGGAAGAAAAGUGGAGGGACAGAGUCGUCACUGGGCACCUCCUCUUUGUUCAGGAAACUUCGGAGCUCUAGCAGAGGGGAGUUAGAUGGAGGAAAAGGAGAGACUAGUGAGGAUGGAGGGCGAGGUUCAACAGAUGCUUCUUACAAACCCUGGGUGUGUCCCAAGAGCUUUGUCCACUUUGACGCUCAGAGCAUCUUGUUUGACCUCCACGAGGCAGCAGCUCAGCGCGGCUACGUCACGCAGAGGAGGAACACCGCCACAGGGGCAUCAGCAGCUUCUGUGUCCCUUUCCGUCUCUAGGUCAUCUGCUCCUACUGUGAACGACCCAGUUUACUCCAGUAUUGAGGACCUGAGCCUCGACCCUGGCUCCACAACAACCUCCCUGAGCAUGGACCCUCUGGAUGGGCCUCCUGGAGCCCAAAGCUCGAGCCAACUGCUCCUCUGCUGCCCCCACUUCCUGAAUGAGACCGGGGGCCACGGGGAGCGCAACAUCAGCUUCCUCAGCUCGUCAGCAGAGCGAGGAGGAGACGGAGGGGGAGAGGGUGGAAAAGGAUGGCUGAGGAGGAGUAACGCCAGCGUCUCAGUGCUGGAGGUGCCUAUUGAACAGCAGGUUACGAGACUGGACAGACUAAAACUGUACAGCAUAGAACAUGUAGACCUGGGGGCCAGGUACUACAGAGACUACUUCCAUGGCAAAGAGAACGCAAACUACUUUGGGACAGAUGAUAAGCUGGGUCCUGUGGCCGUGAGCAUUCGCAGGGAGAAACUGGAAGACACCAAAGACCUGAAAGACCAGUACCAGUACCGCCUCAUUGUCAGAACAAGCGAGUUGGUGACCCUGCGAGGCUCCAUUUUAGAGGAUGCUGUUGCGUCUACGGGGAGACACGGCACAGUGCGGGGUCUGCCGCUCAAAGAGGUCCUGGAGCAGGUCGUCCCCGAGCUUAAUGUGUCUUGUUUGAGACUGGCACUCAGCACACCCAAAGUCACCGAGCAGCUCCUCAAACUGGACGAACAGGGGUUAAGUCAGAAGCACAAGGUGGGUGUUCUGUUGUGCCGUGCAGGCCAGAGCACAGAAGAGGAGAUGUAUAACAACGAGGAGGCGUCACCCGCCUUCUCUGCCUUCCUGGAGCUGCUGGGGGAGCAGGUGCUUCUCAAAGGAUUCAGUAAAUACGCCGCACAGCUCGACACAAAGACGGACUCUACGGGCACCCACUCCCUGUACACCACCUACCAGGGCUAUGAGGUCAUGUUCCACGUAUCCACCAUGCUGCCGUACAUGCCCAACAACCCACAGCAGCUCCUGAGGAAAAGACACAUAGGGAACGACAUUGUCACCAUAAUCUUUCAGGAGCCGGGAGCGUUGCCUUUCACCCCUCAGAAUAUCCGUUCGCACUUCCAGCAUGUCUUCGUUAUUGUGCGUGUACACAAUCCCUGCUCUGAAAACACCUGUUACAGUGUUGCUGUGACAAGGAUGAAGGAUGUGCCCCCCUUUGGCCCACCCAUUCCCAGCGGUGUCACCUUCCGUGACCCAGAAACCGUUCGUAACUUCCUUCUAGCCAAAGUUAUCAAUGCAGAAAAUGCAGCACACAAGUCAGAGAAGUUCCAUACAAUGGCGACACGAACACGGCAGGAGUACCUGCGUGACCUGGCUGAGAACUACGUCAGCAGCACGCCGCUCGACUCAGCUGGCAAGCUUAACAACCUCAUCUCCCUCGCAUCCAAAAAACGCGAGCGCUCGAAGGCAAGAGAGGGAGCUGAGCUGGGAGCCGCGGGGGCCGUCGCCUGGAGGGUCCAGGCCCAGGACUUUAGCGGAGGUGGGACGGAGCUCCUCUGUGCCUUGGGUUUGUCAGCCGAAUACGUCCUCCUGAUAGACUGUUCAACCAAAGAGGUGGUGUUUAACUGUUUCUGUGCGGACGUGAUCGGCUGGACACCGGAGCGUCUGGCACUAAAGAUCUUUUAUGGUAGAGGAGACCACAUCGCUGUGCGGGUACCGGAGGGCUUUGCUCAGGACAUCAGGGAAGUGGUGCAGAGGUUAAAGUCAUUGACAGUUGGAUGUGAGACGGUGGAUAUGACUCUGAGGAGAAACGGACUGGGACAACUGGGCUUCCAUGUUCGCCUGGAUGGCACAGUGGCUGAGGUAGAAGAAUACGGCUUUGCCUGGCAGGCGGGACUGAGGCAGGGCAGUCGGUUGGUGGAGAUAUGCAAGGUGGCCGCUGUGACGCUGACUCACGAACAGAUGAUCGACCUGCUGAGGACGUCGGUCACGGUCAAAGUGGUCAUCAUCCCUCCAUACGAAGAGGGGGGGCCACGCCGGGGCUGCACAGAGGAGUAUGAGAUGAAGACUAUGGAGCAGAAGCCAGAACCUGAGCCUCUGGCGGCAGGAUACCGACCCUCCCCUCGUCCGACGUGGCGAUGGGACAGUCCACCUAUUCCUCCAGGGCUCCACAGCGCCCCCAACCCGCAGCGUUGGGCCCCCAUGGGUCCCCCACCUCCUCCACUGCCCCGCUCACACAAGGCCCUAAUGCCUGUUCCCUACAGAGAGCCCCAGCACCUCAACUCCAAGAGGCCAGUGAGCUACCCAGAGAACCACUACAGUCUGUCUCCUGCAGGAGGCGACAGAGUGCUGCCCUACAGAAACCCCUCAGCCAGCUUCUCCUCGCCCUCCUCAGGCCUAGUCGGCCUCUCCACAAUGGGGCCACCUGGAAUCACACCGGGUCCCUUUGUACGCUACAAACAUUCACCCGACAGAUAUGGAACAGGACAGCGCCCCCUGCUGCCCUAUGAGCCCCACCUCAGUGUGGACAUUACCUCUAGUGGAGAGUCUUCCUCAGGUUUCACCAGCCAGGACAGCACCAUGGAGCGCUGCAAAACAGAACCCCUCUGGCAUGUCCCAGCGUCAUCGUCUCGGGGACCGGGUGGUGGAGGGGGGCAGAGGAGAAUAACCAGACAGGAUGUCCCAGGGAAAGACUCUCCAAACAGACACUCAAAGGGUGAGACUCAGUACUCCAGUCACUCCAGCAGUAACACUCUGUCCAGCAACGCCUCCAGCAGCCACAGUGACGAGCGCUGGUUUGACGGAGGUGCUGGAGGAGAGCGAGGAGGAGGCGGCGGUUGCCUGGGCGACCUGGCUGACCCUGACCCCGACCUUCUCAACAAGGGGGGGUCCAAUGACAGCGGCAUUGACGCCCCAACCCACUACAACAACACACGCCACGGAAACAUGUCCAACAACCAGUCCCAAAAGCCCAUGCACUGCUCUGUGACCUACAGCGGCAUGCAGGAGCUGUCCGUGGGAAGGAGCAGCGGCGGGGGAGAAGCAAGGAGACGAGAGUCUUCACCCAUCAUACCAGCUGCAGCCAAUCAGAACAAAGGGUAUCGAACCAGGACAUUCCCUCCUCCUGGCUCCAGUGCUGAUAAAAUGGAUGCUUUCAAACCCAGGGCCUACACACCACAGGGUUACAAGACUCCGACAGCAGAGAAAGCGCGGCCUGUCCGAGCUGCUACAGCAACACCCACUUCAGCUCAGUUAGGCGCCAUCCCUCUGUCCAGCUCCGCCCCCAAGGCCUUAUAUGGGAAGAGCAGACAAGCCGCCUGGGAGACCGAAGACAACAGCCCGUCGCCGUCAAACAGAACCACGACAUCCAGUUCUGACGGCAGCAACAGCAAGAAGCAGGUGGAUACGAAUUCAAAGAACGUUUUUGGACAACCUCGUCUCCGGGCAUCACUGAGGGACCUUCGCUCUCCACGACGGACGUAUAAGAGCACCAUCGAGGACGACCUGAAGAAACUGAUCAUCAUGGACAACCCGGGAGAGGUGCCACAAAGAGAUCCAUCUCCCAGACGAACUCUGCAGCGCACCUUUUCAGAUGAGUCACUGUGCAGCGGGCGCAGAGACGCCAGCUUCGCCAACUCUGAGAACCAGACGACUCCUACUGACGUACUGUUCACCUGCACACUGCCCACACGCAGACACGCUGUCUCCUCCAACCAUAUGCAGAGCAAGAAGGUGCCUCUGUCUGCGUCAGAGCUGUCUCUUACAGAAGUUAGAGACAAAGUCCCCCCCCUGAGAAGGCUUGAUCCUGGACUGAUGCCUCUUCCUGACACAGCCUGUGGACUGGAGUGGUCCAGUCUGGUCAACGCUGCUAAAGCCUACGAAGCACAAAGAGCAGUUUCCCUCUUCUCACUGACUGAGCCGCAGGUUGGAGGUCCAGACCUGAGACCAGUCAUAAGUCCAGUUCAGUUUCACACUCCUCAGACACCACGGACCACGCCGACCUUCAGCGGUGACGAGGUGCCCAACGAUUUGUCUGGUCGGCUCUACCACCUGGAGGUCAUGUUAAAACAGCUGAAUAAUGAUCUGGAGAGAGAGAAGCAAGAUAAAGUCGUUCUGCUCGCAGAAAUGGCCAACCUGAGAGAGAACAACCAGCGCUUGCAGGAGGAAAGCCACACAGCCAGUGAGCAGCUGCGCAAGUUCAGCAUGUUUUUUACCAACCUCAACAAGACAGGGAGUGACCAUGAGGCUCACUCCAUAACACACGAAACUGACUCAAAGAGGGAGUGAUCAACAGCUGCAGAAGAAGAAGAGGGUGAGAAUCAGGCCGGAGGCAGGGCAAUUGUGAGAAAAAUAUUCUUUCGGGAGGCAGAGGUCACGAUGAUGUUGUUACCUCACUCAGCUUCCACUGGACUGCCUUAAACCAGAGAGAGUUGGAAAAAGACGCUUUUUUUUUUUAAAUGCAACACUCCCAGCAGGUCUCAGUGAGCCUGUGCACAGACGAAGCAGAGACCCCCCCUCUCUGUUCUCUGAGCCUGUUUAUUUUUAUAAACUGAAGUCAAAAAGUCUUAUAUACUUGUCAUAUAUAUAUGUAUAAAUAUAUAUGCUACUAUGUCGGAGAGGAGAACCUGACUUUUUUUGAGAAAACUACAUCACCUGGAGAGGCCUAAUACUGUUCCUGCAGCGAAUCAGCCAAAAAAUAAAUAAGUAAAUAAAAAUGACAGACUCAUUACAGACUGCAUCUCCCAGAAUGCACUAGAAGUAAUGGAAGCUCUACAGACAUGGUACUGUAGAUAGAUGCCUGUGUGGUACAAUUCUCCUGUAUCAAUAAUAUCUAUAUUGUACUGAUAUUGCAUAACAGUUGUACUAAAGAGGUAUGUGUGUAUGUGUGUGUGUAACUGACGGUACAGUGAAUACUCUGAAGCAUUACUGCACAACACUGUUUGUGCUCAAGGCUAGAUGUGUUUUAUUACCCUUUGGUUUGUGUGUGUGUAUGUGUGUGUGUGUGUGUUAAUGUGAGUGUGAGAGAAAGAGGUUGAAUGUGAUGGUCUGUUAAAAGACAACCGAGUGAUGAACAAAUUAGUUUACUGUAAUAUGAAACUUUUGGGCCAAAAUAUUUUUCUUUCCUCCGUUUACAUGGAUGAACCGUGGCCCAUAGAUGUGAAACAAGCCAUCAGUGUGUUGAGUGUAAAUGCUCGAUGUCAGAAACUCAGUGAUACCAGUAUCAUAUCUCUAAUGUAGUGCGUUGUUUUGAGUUUAAUUUUCACUGUUUCUAGUAGUGCCGCAUCAUCUCAGAUCUCAGUCUACUGGGCAAUUAUUUUAACCUUGAGUCAUUAACGCAGUACAGUACUUUUAAAUAACCUUUGUUUGUAGUAUUUAAAGCAAUAGGUGGACAUUUUGGGAAGAGUCUACAUUUGCUCCAGUUCUGGCUGAGUGUUAGAUAAAAGGAUUGAUACAACUAUCACUGUAACCACUUUAACCAUUAGAGACGUUAGAAUCUAACGUCUUUCUGUUCUGUUAUUAGCUUAGCAUGAAGUCUGGGAACAGCUACAGCACAUCUGUAGGUCAGUGUUUACCACGUUAUAUCUCCUUUGUUUAAUUUCUACAGUUCCUCCAUUUUACGUGGUAGAAGUACUAGAAGUAUGUUUUACACUAGUAGAAGUAACUGGCCUGGUUGCCUGGCAACAGGUCCCGGUGCUACACCAAAUUCUUUGACUCGAUUAGGAAUUUCUGCUAGCCACUGCAAAGUUUUGUUUUGUUCAUCUAUAAUUAAAUGAUUUAAAGGUUAAGUCUUCACUCAUGACGAGAUGUAAACUUUUAUUUAAAAAAUUAUAAUGUCAUUGCUUCAGUAAGUUACACUUUGCCUACAACUCGAGCCCCAUUUUAUAGCCUGUAUGUUUACAUUUUGAAAAAUAAAGUACGCCAAAUUCGCAAUUAGCAGUUCCUGUUAAUGCUAUGUACCCCUGAAGUACUGACAACUAUCACUGAAUUACUUUGAUACUGUAGAAAACUUAAAAACGUGAUGAUUCUCAGGCAAGUUCUGGAGUUAUAAUCAGCGUAUUUUUGCUGAUUUCUAAGCAGGUUUGGCUGACGUUUAUUGUCGUUGGACAUUCGAGAUAAUAGUAUCCUCUGAGUGUGUGUGUGUUUCAUGCCUGUGUGUUCAGAUUGAACUGAGUGAUAACAAACUAAUUGUUUUGAAAAGCGGAGCAAACUACAAUAACCAAACAUGGUUAUGGACAAACACGAGAGUGGUUUCCAUCUUCUCAUUUAACUCUCAGCACAAAAGCAAAUGUGUAUUUUCCCAAAAUGUCAAACUAUUCCCGUAGCUGCGUUUCCUUUGCGUACUAAUCAAAAUGAAGCUACGUCACCAGUAAUGUGUGCUUAUAGAAAACAUUUACUGUACAUGAAACUCACUGGACAACACUGAAGCUCCUUCAUAUCACAACCAGUCCGUCUGUGUGUAUGAGAGGAUUUGUCCCUGUGUUCUGUGAUAAACCCAAAUGAACACAAGACACUAUUUAUACUGCUAGCUUGCUUUCUGAUAUUGUCUACUAUAUCUAUUUUUCAUACAGAAAUAAGUGUCUGUAUUUUUUGGACGCUGGUACUGAAUGGACAAUACAUCCCCGCAGAGGAUGAAUCCUAUCUUCCUGUUUCAGUUCAGUGACUGCUGAUGAAAUUGUACUAAAUUUCUCAUCUCCUGCUCUUCCCUGUUGAACAGCUACGUAUCACUCAUCAGGAGGUUUCCUCCUUUGUCUGACUGGAACUCGCUCAGGUUUCUCAAGAUGCUGUUGAUAACACUAUACCAUCAAUUAGGGGUGGGCGAUAAGACGCAUUGCGCUGUGAGACAAUUUAAAUUUGCCUGCGAUCAGAGAUUUUGACAUAUUGUUUAUACCAUUGUAGUGAUCCCUUUUAUACUUCUGAGUGUAUUAGGUCUUUGGAGGCAAAUCAGCUAUCAGUUAAUUUGCUGGACUAGCCCAAAACAGACAAAUAUAGACAGUUUCUCAAUUGAUUUACCAUCAAGUUGACUGUAUCACUAUCUUAAUAUUAAACCCUAUAUGCCUUGAUAAAGAAUUUUUAUCCAUAUCGCCCACUCCUACUCUCAAAAUUACUUUCCUUUCACUGACAAAAUAGGGAACAAGUGUUGUAUUCUGACUCUGAGCUAGACAGAAAACGGCCGCUUAUGUCCUGCUUCUCAGCAGCCCAUAAAAUACAAAGUACUGCAUCUGCUUCAGUGUCACCAGCUCCUCAUUCUUCUGCAGUCAGUUUUACAGCCUCAAGUCGGGCUGCUGUCAUUCCAGUAACAUUUAUACCUAAACCUGUUGGGACUUUUUUUUUAGCGUUGGGUUCAGAAAUGCUACUUUUACCAGUGUGUCAUGAACAAAUUCAGACUUUAAUCGGGUUCAGAUACUCCUCAGAAAGCUCCGGUGUUUAUUUUAGUUUGGUCAUUUUUGAGGUUGUUAGAUCAGGCUCUAAGUGACACGCUCCUGUUAUUCCUCCAGUAAGAAAUCGUUCACUGAUGCAGCUUCGCAGGUGUAGCUGUGAUUUUAGUAUCUGCAAGUCUUAAUCUUUAGUUUGCUUUUGUGAAAGGGGCAAGGAUUUUUUUUUUAAUAUAUACAUUUUUCCUGUUAUUUCCUGUUAUGUAUAAUUUUAAGCUAUUUAUAGCCUACACAAUGUUCCCUGUUGAACAAAUCAAUAAUGCAUAAAGGUUAAUGGUAAUUGUAUAACUAGGUUUGUUUUUAGAUGUUAAAUAUUUUGAUAAUUUAUUUUUUAACACAUUGGCCACUGUUCCAGACAAUAGUGAAGAUGAGAGGGUACUGUUUUUAUCUGUGUAUGCUGUUUUACUUUUGAUCCCUGUACAAAAUUGAUUUGUUUGAAUCUCUUCUCAUUUCUGACGUUGUCUUUCCUCUUUGUGGAUCGGUGCAUUCUGCAUGUGGCAGGGGGUACAUGACACGUAGACAAAUGUUUGGUUGAGCAUUGUUUCCUUUGGGUUGUAAUAACUUGUACAUUUA